AUGGUUGACACUAGGAGUUCCGCCGACGUCCUCUACUUCGAUGCCUUCGAGAGGCUCGGCUUGACCCAAGGAGAUCUUACCCCUGUGACGUCAGCUCUUACAUGGUUCAUUGGGGAUUCCAUCUCCCUGCUCGAGACCACAAUGCUCCCCAUCACCAUCGGGGAGGAACCGAGGGCGAAAACAGUAAUGACCACCUUCAUGGUGGUCGACCUGCCCUCGGCCUACAACGUCAUCCUCGGUCGCCCGACCCUCAACAGGAUCCAGGUGGUAGUCUCCACCUAUCACAGAACCAUCGAGUUCCCAACCUCGGCUAGGGUUGGGGAGGCCCGAAACGACUCGAGGGAGUCGAGGCGAUGCUACCUCACCGCGAUUGCUCUCCCAGCAAAGUCGCACUCAACCCUGGUUCCCGAGCCCCAUGAAGCACCUGUACCACAAGUGACGCUGGAGCCCCCAGAGCCUCUUAUCAAGGUACCCCUAAAGCGGAGCUGA